AUGGCUCCCUCCAACCUGCCCUCCGUCAUGAACGCCACCAGCCAGGACAUCGAGACCCUGCUGGCCGCUCAGUGCCACCUCGGCUCCAAGAACCUCCAGGUUCACAUGGAGAACUACCUCUGGAAGACCCGUCAGGAUGGUGUCAACGUCAUCAACGUCGGCAAGACCUGGGAGAAGAUUGUCCUGGCUGCCCGUGUCAUCGCUGCCAUUGACAACCCCGCCGACAUCUGUGUCAUCUCUGCCCGUCCCUACGGUCAGCGUGCCGUCCUCAAGUUCGCCGCCCACACUGGUGCUACCGCCAUUGCUGGUCGCUUCACCCCCGGUUCUUUCACCAACUACAUCACCCGAUCUUUCAAGGAGCCCCGUCUGAUCAUCGUCACCGACCCCCGAACCGACGCCCAGGCUAUCAAGGAGGCUUCUUACGUCAACAUCCCCGUCAUUGCCCUCGCCGACACUGACUCUCCCACCGAGUACGUCGAUGUUGCCAUCCCCACCAACAACAAGGGUCGCCACGCUAUCGGUGCCGUCUGGUGGAUGCUCGCCCGUGAGGUCCUCCGCCUCCGUGGUACCAUCUACAACCGCGAGACCCCCUGGGACGUCAUGGUCGAUCUUUACUUCUACCGUGACCCCGAGGCUGAGGCCGAGGACAAGGUCGAGGAGGAGAAGCUCCCCGGUGCUGACGAGGAGGGCCCUGCCGCCAUCGAGUCCGGUUUCCAGGCCUCUGCUGGCGCCGACUGGGAGGCUCCCGCCUCUGGCUUCGCCGGUGCCUCUGGCACUGCUGCCGCUCCUGGCUGGGACGGCGCUGCCGGUGAGGAGUGGGGUGCUGCCCCCGCCAACACCGAGUGGGCUGCUUCCACCGAGGCCCCCAAGGAGUCUCAGUGGUAG